UUGAAUAGAAAAUAAAAUUUUUCUAUUAUUGUAACUCGCAUAAACUUAACCUACCCUUCAGCCUCUCAAAAGCCCCCAACUUUCCUACCCUUUCCACAACCUUAGAGAUCUAUAAAAUCCAUGUGCUCCCCUUUUCUCCAUUGACCAAAACAGGUUCUAGUAAUCCAUUACCCGGAAUCACAAAACACCUCAGAAAUCAACUUUGACCAAUGGGUCUCCCCCAGGCCACAAGAACUGGUUUUUCAAAGGACACCUGGGUAUGCAAAAUGACCAAACCCUUCAAAACUGUCUUGUUUUCUUGUUUCCUAAUCUCUCUGUUUUCCUCAACCUCUGCUCAAACUUGCAACAACUUCACAUUUUCCAGCAACAGAUUAUUCACUACGUGCACUGCCCUCCCUUACCUCAAUGCUUUCCUCCACUGGAACUACCACCCGUCAAACGGGACGGUCGAUAUCGCCUAUCGAGACACCGGAAUUGCUUCCUCCAGGUGGGUUGCUUGGGCACUCAAUCUCAAAGGCCAAGGAAUGAUAGGGGCACAAUGCCUAGUUGCUUUGCACAAUUCCAGUGGCCUCCCUUAUGCUUACACCUCCUCCGUCGAUUCAUACGACACCUCACUCGGUGAAACUCCGUUGAGUUUUCAGGUGCAGAGGGUAUCGGCAGAGUAUGUGAGUAAUGAGAUGAUCAUAUUUGCUACUUUGGUGCUUCCAAAUAACCAGACCAGUUUCCACCAGGUGUGGAAUGACGGUCCGGUGUCUGGGGGCGCUCGUCAGUCUCAUCCGACGAAUGGAGAUAAUUUGAAGUCCAUGGGAUCCGUGGAUUUCGCUUCUGGAAUAAGUAAUUCAAGCAGUGGAGGUGGAGGUUCCCAGCAACAAAAAAAGAAUGUCCAUGGAGUGCUGAAUGCAAUAAGCUGGGGCACUUUGAUGCCUAUUGGAGCCAUGACAGCUAGGUACAUGAAGGUUUUCAAGUCAGCAGAUCCAGCAUGGUUCUACCUACAUGUUGCUUGCCAAUGCUGCGCCUAUAUCAUCGGUAUCGCCGGAUGGGCGAUCGGACUGGCACUUGGCAACAAUACCGGAAUUCACACUAACAGCCAUGGGAAAAUUGGCAUGACACUCUUCAUCCUCGGAACGCUUCAGGUGUGUGCCUUGCUUUUGAGGCCGAAGAAGGAUAACAAGUACAGAUUAUACUGGAACUUCUACCACUGGAGUAUCGGAUACACUGUGAUCAUUCUCGGCAUUGUGAACAUCUUUGAAGGGUUUGACAUCUUGGACCCUGGCAAAAACUGGAAGAGAGCAUACAUUGGCAUCCUCAUUUUUCUGGGCGUCACCGCCGCUUUCUUGGAAGCCUACACAUGGUAUGUAGUUCUGAAGAGGAAGAAAACUGAAUCUGGGAGGUACCCGGAUGUUGGAAUCGGAGCAAAUGGGGACGGUGGUGGGUGAGGAACUAGGUCGCAGCAGGAAGUAUAGGGAGGAGUAUUUGUUCAGUUUAUGAGUUAUGUGGUUUAUUUUGCACCUCCCUAUUCUGAGAUGUGUUAUUUUUCAGGGUUCCUUGAAUGGGAGGUUGUUGAUAGUAUGUCUCUAGUGAUGCUAGGUUAUCCUUUCGUAUUUUCCUCUAGUUGAUGUACUUGUAUUAUUACUGCCAGCUUUUGUUCGUUCCAUUAGCUGAUCUUUUGUUUCAAA